AUGGCCCUCCUUAGUGCCUGCUGUCACUGGGAAACUGUAGGGAGGCGCCUCCAAAGCCCCCAGGAUGUUGCUGUCAUCGCCACUUCCCGCCUGCUCACAUCUCUCCUCUCGGCGCCCUGCAAGCAGGUUUCUGACAAGGACCGUUUCCCCGACAAAGAGGAGGGUGUUGGAGGAUGGCAUCCCGCAAGGCUGAUCAUCUUGCUAGUGGCAUAUGCAGCUGCCGUGCUGGCCUCCCAGACUGAAGCCUUCAUUUCCAUCUUCACCCACAGUGAACUCCAGAGAAUACAGCUGACUGCUCCAGCACAAAUUGGAGCAAGAAUGACCUCCAGGCAUCUGGAAAAGUACCAGGCCGCCCGGGAAGGGCUGCUGAGGGAGGCCCUGCCGCUCGAUCCCCUGGGUAAGCACAGGAGGGUGGUAUCUCUGUGGCUUGGGCCAGGCGGCCCUCCACCCACCCUGGCAUUAAGAUUUUAGGAGGCCCAGGGCAGGGUUUGCAGGCUGCCGCUUCCUUUCCACCUUGAGAGCAAGCUGCCUCCUCCCGGUGCGGGGGCGGAAAGGGAGGCGGGGCGGGGGGGGGGGCAGCUGCUCUGCUGCACGCUGGUGGCCGCCUUGUCCCAAACCCCCAGUUGGGUCCCUUCCAGGUUCCCCGUGAGCCACCAG